AAAUGAGCACAAUAACUAAAGCAUAACCCAAUUAACAGAAUCAGAUUCCAAACUGAAGGAAAGGAAUUCCCACAUGACAAUCCAAACAUUAGUUCAAGGAAACCAACUUUUCAUUGUCUUAUAUAUCCGCAAGUCCUUUUCAAACCAAUCCUUAAUCUCAGAGUUUAGUUGGUUGUCAACAUAAUGUCUGGAUUCCCAAUAAAGUAUUGCUGCAUGGUGAUGCGGGUUAGCUGCGACUGCAAUGGCUGUUACAGGAAAAUUAGGAGAAUCAUUCUCAACAUGAAGGAAAUAGAGACACACCUGAUAGAGAAGCAGCACAACAGGGUGUACGUGUGUGGGAGAUUCAGACCUGCCGACGUUGCUAUAAAGAUGAGGAAAAAGAUGAAACGCAGGGUUGAAAUACUGGACGUAGAAGAAGAGUCGGCAGGCACUGGAGAUCAAAUGCGACAGCUCACAACCCAUUUCUCUCCACAGCCCAUAGCUCGUAUCUCUCUGCAGCCCACGGCCCAUGUAUUUCAAUAGCCCGCGGCCCACAUCCAAUGAAAUACAGUACUACACCAUGGAAAAUUGGAAGGAUACAUAUAUAUGAUGAUUAGGGAUACCUUCACACUUUAGACAGGAAAAUACUUGUACACAACUUAAUUGACAUGUGGAUUCUUACCUAGAUUGAACUUUCAAAGCGCUAAGCAAAGCUCUCUUUUUUUUCUUAUGAUCCUUACUAGUAAUUCAUAAGAACGAAGUAACAGAUUCUUAUUUA